AUGACUGCAUUAAGCAAAAUAGGAAGUACCUUGGGAAAUCCUAUUUAUGCUGCUGAAUGUACGACAGGAGCAGGAAGGAUCUCAUAUGCAAGGUUACUAGUGGAAAUGGAUGUUACUAAACCUCUGCCUAAACAAGUGAAACUUCAAGAUCCAAAAGGAAAGGAAAUGAUGCAGGAGGUGGAGUAUGAUUGGGAACCUAAGUACUGCAGUAAAUGCUUGAAAAUAGGGCAUGAAUGUAUUGAAAGUAAGAAGCCAAUGCAGCAGCAAAGAAAUUUACAACAGAAGAAGAUAACUAAGGGAAGGAUGGUAUGGUUUAGAGCAGAGAAAGAAGAAGGAAAUGAGGAGAAGGAAAAAGAUCAGAUAAAAGUAAGCUCAGAACAACAAAGGACUGAGCCAGAACAAAGGAGAGAAGGAACACAAAGUAGAGAAGCAGGAUGGGUCACAGUAGCAGGGAAAUCAGCUGCAAGGCCAAGCAUAGCAAAGCAACAGGCAGUUCAAAGCAUAGAUGAAAACAACACAUUUGAGAGCUUGAUGUAUGAGCAAAGAAGUGAUGCUGCAGGGCCUAGUCAGACCAGUAGCCAAGGAGAUCAGGGAGGGAUAAAUAAAACUUAUAAGCAGAAAGAAGUAAAGGAGUUUGUCGGAAUAAAUAAUAAGGCUGUAAUAGCUAUAGUAGAGCAUAUAGUGAAAGAUAUAAAAGCAGAAGAUAUAAUUAGAAAGAUAGCUCCAGGAUGGGAAUCAAUUUCUAAUGCCAGAACAGGGAAAAAAGAAAGGAUUUGGGUAAUGUGGGAUCCUAGAAUUUACAUUUUUGAUCCUAAGGAAAUUGAUGAUCAACUUAUUCAUGGGCAAAUUAGUAUGAAGUCAAAGCCAGUGAAAUUCAGUUUCACAGCUGUUUAUGGGCUGCAUACUAUUAAAGACAGAGAACCUCUAUGGGCUAAGCUAAGGCAGAUCAAUAGCAUGCAACAAGGGUCCUGGCUGGCAAUGGGUGAUUUUAAUGCAAUCCUCCAUGUAAAUGAUAGGCAGCAUGGAACAGAAGUACAGGACAUGGAAGUGAAAGAUUUUAAGGAAUACAUGAUGGAUAUUGGGAUGAGUGAGUUGCAAUAUAUGGGAAGGGAAUACACAUGGACAAAUAACCAUGUAUAUAGCAGGAUAGAUAGGGGACUGGUAAAUAUAGAUUGGAUGAUGAAUAUGCCUGCCUUGAAGAUUCAGGUAUUAGAACCAUUAAUAUCUGAUCAUUCUCCUUUGAAGUUGAUGAUUACACAGGUGAACAGGAAGAAAAGCAGUCCAUUCCGAUUCUUUAAUUGUAUUGCUGAACAUCCACAAUUUCUGCAAUAA